AUGGACAUUAAGAUAUGUGGGCAACGGCCGCUCGUGAGCGCUCCAGGUGGGUCACGUAUUGUAGGUGGGCAUGACGCACCUGUAGGGGCAUGGCCAUGGCUGGUGAGUCUUCAGGUGAAUUCGGCGCAUUUCUGUGGUGGUUCUAUCCUCAACAGCCUUUGGGUGCUCACAGCAUCACAUUGUUUCUCCGACAAACGGAAAAUAAGUCAUCUUUCUGUGGUGGCAGGUCUACAUGUGUUAUCAGCACCUGGAAAACUUUCCCAACGCAAAAACGUUAAUCUGGUCAUACACCACAAGAACUUCGUAAAAGCCAGCUUUGUCAAUGACAUAGCUCUUCUUCUUCUAAGCUCCCCGUUGCACUUUGAUGAAUAUGUCAUGCCCGUCUGUUCAAUGGCAAACGAAACUGAGGAAUCAAACCUUCAUUUCAACCACUGUUUCAUCAGUGGUUGGGGCAGCAAAACUUACAAAGGGUCGACAGCCACCAAACUACAAGAGGCUGAGGUGCAGCUCCUGAACAGAAACAAAUGCAACCGGCUCGACUGGUACGAUGGUAUAAUCACAGAUACGAUGAUUUGUGCUGGGUCAGAGACGGGGGCAGUCGAUUCAUGUCAGGGAGACAGCGGAGGCCCUCUCCAGUGCUACAGUGAGGAUCAGGACAGAUUCUACCUUGUUGGCGUGACAAGCUUUGGCGAGGAUUGUGGAUUGGCUAAAAGGCCAGGAGUGUAUACUCGAACGAGCAAGUAUGUGUCUUGGAUGCGGAUGAUCCAGUCAAGGACGCUGUCUGCUGCCUGGAGUUUACAUCCCAAUUACAUACUACUUCUACUCUUGGCUGCUUUGAUCCUGAGUUGA